AUGCCGAAGGUGCUCGGGCAGCUGGCUACGGCUGCGCACCGCGGCCUAACGCGCAUGCGCAAGAGGCGCCGGCUCGGAGCGUCCCUGCCGCUAGUUCUCUUCCAGCAGGGACAGACAGCAGAUGACAUUCCCAAAGAGGUUUUGAUAGACUGUGCCCAGCUGGUGAAGGCAAACAGCAUCCAAGGUGAUACCAAUGCCUUAGAGGUUUGCAAAGUAAACAAUGUCAAGGUGGUGUACACACCAUGGACCAACCUGAAGGAAACAGCAGACAUGGACAUGAGACACACUGGCUUUCACAGGCAGAAGGAUGUGAAGAUGCUGACGGUGGAGAAGAAGGUGAAUGAGAUCCUGAACCGCCUGGAGAAGACCAAAGUGGAGCGGUUCCCAGACCUGGCUGCAGAGAAGGAGGCCCGGGACAGGGAGGAGAGAAAUGAGAAGAAAGCCCAGAUCCAAGAGAUGAAGCGGAAGGAAAAGGAAGAGAUGAAGAAGAAGAAAGAGCUGGAAGAACUGAGGAGCUAAUACUUGCUGAUGAAGGCUGAGAACAUGCCCUCCAAUCAGGAUGGCAAUGAUUCAGAUGGCUUUAUGUGA